ACUACAAACCGAACGAACAAAUAUUAGAUAGAUCGUUCAUACACGCUACAUCCCGAACUCUAGCUUCCACUCUCAUCAGAAUCCAUCCAUUCUCGUUUUUCCACAUCAUCUUAACCACCCAACGAUUUCCAGUUUCCAGCAGCAUGAUGCAGAAACCAAAAAGUGUCCAGAUGCCCGUAGCGCGUGCUAGCUCUCACCGGGACGGAGAAAGAGAACCACUGCAGCAGGCCAGGGAAAGGCAUGACUGUAUCGUAGCAGUAUAUUCCAGGAUUUAUGGCAUUGCCAAGUUCGUCUUCAUCAUUUUGAUGGCGUAUGGCGUGGAGCUCGACAACGCGCCCAGCGGCAUAAAAUUCCACAUCGAACAGGUCGAGGACCAGAUGGCUCAGGACUCCACCGCGCAGCUCCUCCAGACCAUCGAAGAUCUAUUCUACGCAGUCUAUGCACGGCUCAACAUCGAGAUCACCAACUUGCAACUCUGUGGGAGCUCACCACACCGCGGCAAGAAUAGCAGCUCCACGGCACAGACGGGACAGAGUCAAUAUCUAUCCGUAUCUGCUGUGGAACGAUAUCUCCCAGGCCCAGGCCAGGUCAUCGUGAUCUUCCAGGCCUGCAAACGGCUGCUCACGUCAGAGGAUAUCAGCGGUGUUCUUGACCAAGAGAUCAUCAGCAUGAAAAAGGCCGCUUAUGUCCAGCAUGCGGUUGAGGCCUAUGUUGCGAAUAACGUGAACAAGGGACGUUGUCGUCCUGCUGAUGUGAGGGAGUAUCGUAGGCAUGUCGAGACGGUAGUCCUGGACCCCAAUUCGCCCUUCGCCAGAGAGUGGACGGGUCUGGACCCUAUUUAUAAAAGAGCGCCCAACAUGGUGCUUGCCAUGCUGUCAGAGAAAUAUCUCGGGUUCCAAAAACAAGCCGACUGGAAUAGCGUUAAUACCAUCAACAAUAAUAACCUCCAUGAACACGGGGCGACAGGAAUGGGAAGACCAACUCCAGCUCCAACCGCAACAAUGGCAGUCAAACGCCAAAACAGCGUUACCUCCUCCAGCACCACCUCCUCAUCAUCAUCAUCCGCAACACUAUCAGCGCACCGCCUCCUCCCCGAACGGCGUCGCACCGAAGCAAACCGCGAAGCCGCCUACGCCAUUCUCAACGGCAUCUACGUCGGCGAGCACAGGCGCACCGAAGGCAAACGAGCGCUGCGCCAGUACGUCCGUGAUCAACUCUGCAUCUGCUCCGGACACUGUUCCUGCGCGCGCAAAUGCACACUCAAAGACGUCCGUGCGUGCCCAUGCAGUCCGCGGAUGAGCGUUAUCUGCGACGUUGAGAUCGCUGGGCAGUAUUAUGGCCAGCCGAUGUUAUCAGACGCAUGGGAUGAAGACGAGCAACGGCGAUACCAAGAGCAGCAGGGGGUGGUGAUAUUGGAUCCGAGGCAGAAUUUCUCGAGACGGUGUGCGCAGUUAGGUUGCGCGUUGUUUGCAGGGUUUUGCAGCGUCAGGAAAGGGAUCGUGUUGAGCUUUUUUGAGGUGUAUAUGGAGGUUAAGGCUGGUGCGGAAGUUUUUCUUCAGGAGGCUCUGGCGUAUCGGGAGAUUAUGGGAGCUAUGUAGGGGAGAGAUUUAUUGGGUUUUAUGACAAUGACGAGGGAGGUUUUCAUGGGGAUGGUGGUUGUGAUGUAAGUGCCCAUUUUUGUUGUCACAAUGUAUUUUAGUCUUCUGUGAUUUUAUUUUACGACUUAUGAUGUAAAUGGGAAUUGAAUCUAGGGAAUAUGGGAAUAUGGAGGUUUGAAAAUGGAUUAUCUGUUGAAAACAGAUGUUGCUUUAAAAGUCAAUUGAUUUUUUGUUCGAAAAAAAGAAGACAACAGAAAAAUAGCUAGCUCACUUCUCUACCUAUUUUUCUUUAUUAUUUCUUUCUUCCUGA